AUGGAAGCUGGGAUUGAGCGCGAGAUUUCCGAGCGAGUGAAGCUGAAUGCUCAGCGACAAGCCAGAGAGGAACGCCUGGUGCAAGUAGGCAGUGCAGAUGCCAACGUCCCCUUGGCUCUAGAAAUGUGUUCUUCAGCCGACAAUGGCAAUCCGGAAGCAGACCUGGCCAGCCACAUUGUUGCAGGUGCGGUCAAAGACACAGAGCUGCUUCGUCGUACCUUGCGCAACCUCGCCUUCUUUGAGACCUUCGAUGACGAUGCACUGCGUUGCCUCAUCGAGGAAAUGGAAGUGUACGAGUUCCAGCCGGGUGAGAAGGUUGUGCGUCAGGGAGACACCGACGGUACACACUUCUACGUGGUUGCGCAGGGGGACUUCUAUGUCAUCAAGGACGACAGUCCCAGCCGCUACAUCGGGCCUGGCUCUUCAUUCGGUGAAAGUGUGCUCCUGCUCCAUGGAGAGCGGAGUGCCACAGCCUGGAGCCCCGGACGUUCACGCGCCUACGGCAUGGCAGGCAUGCAAGUCCGGGAGCUACUUCGACAGCAGUACGAACAGAUGAGACGUGCGGUCGUCGAAGCUAUGGAUGAGGUGCUCAACUCGAAUCAGUGCGAGAUCCUGCGCGGGCACCUGCUCUUCGUUCGUGCUGCGCAUGUUGAUUCAUUGCACAUGCUGAGGUCUGGCCUCAAUGGAUUUCAGCUUCAAAGCCUCUAUGACCAGGUCGAGAUGAAAGCCUUCAAGCCAGGGGACCUAAUCCUCCAGGAAGGGGACUUGCCAGAUGAGGUUCAAAUCCUAUACAGUGGUGAAGUAGAAUCAACGUCAGGAGGACUGAAGAUUGGCAAAGUUCCCAGGUUCUACUUGAUGGGCGCCCGCGCACUCUUGUUCCAGGACGAGCUUGCCUUUGAGCAGCCAACUAGCUUGACUGCGGCCACAGCGGUUGAGACACUCGUUCUGAAACGCAUCCUGUUGGACACACUGUUUGGCAGCAGGUUGCAGCAGGUUCUGGUGAGGAACGGGGUCCUCUACGUGCUGGCACAGCAUGAGGACUUCUCUCGGCUCCACCAAGAGCACCGGGAAGCCAUUGCCAGCGCAUGCCAGAUCCGAUGUCUGCCCAAAGGUUCCGAAGCCAGCUGGGAGGAUGUUCGUGUCAUUGUGGCGGUGAAUGGAGAGAUUCAACUGCCGCAUGCACAGCACUUGCACUGCGUACUGCUGCAAGUGUCAUGCCAUAACUUGACACUCCAGGAAUCUAGAGACUGGCAAGCGCCACUGAAGCUCCAAGCGCUCGCAGAUUCCAAGCUGGCAGUUUGGCGAGGGGAGGAUUUGGAUAGCAUCCUGGCGUUUAACGACUUUGACGGAGCCUUGGAGCAGGACAGCAAGGUCCGCAGUCUUCGCUCUGUUUUCGUUUUCGCUACGCUGUCCAAGCAGCAACUUCAGCGCCAGGGCCUUAUGAAUCUGCAGUCUUGUUUGGCACGCGCGUUGGAGAUUCAAACCGUCAAGAGUGGCGAUCGCGCCUGCAGCCCAUUGCAGCCCGCUGUCGUGCAGAGCCUUGUGGAUGGCUCCACCUUUAGCAAAGGUGUUUUCGCAAGGCACUUCUACAUCAUCCGAAAGGGCGCUGUUAGCGUGGAGAUCGAUGGCCGUCGCAAGCGCAGGUUGGGCCAUCCGGACUAUUUCGGAGAACGCGCCUUGCUGGGAAGCGAAGUUCGCAGUGCCAGCAUCACCGCUCUGGAGGACACCGAGCUGUGGAAAAUGGGCGAGGGGACCUUCCAGGAGAUUAUGCAAGGGCCGUGCCUGGACUACCUCAAAGACAGGAUCUCUCUCCAGGACACAGCUUUGACUUUCAAAGACCUCGAGUUUGUGCGGGUCAUCGGUCGAGGCGGCUUUGGAAUUGUGAAGAUGGUCCGAGCCAAGAGGACGGAAGUCAGGUAUGCCUUGAAAUGCGUCCGGAAGCGUGAUGUGGUAGAAAAGAACAUGCAAGAUGCUUUGCUGUCUGAGCUUGGCAUUCUGAAAGAGGUUGACCACCCAUUCAUCGUCAAGUUCGUUCGGUCAUUCCGCAACGAGAGAUCCGUUUACUUUCUCACCGAGUUGGUGACCGGCGGUGAGCUGCUGGAUGCACUGGAUGCACUGGGGUUGCUGAACCACUGGCAGGCGUUGUUCUACACCGGAUGCAUGGUUCUUGCACUGGAGUUUCUGCAUUCUCGGCGCAUUGCUUACCUUGAUCUCAAGAGUGAGAACUGCUUGAUUGACCAGCAGGGAUACCUCAAGCUGAUCGAUUUCGGCAUCGCACAGCGCAUCACGAACACCAGAUUCGGGCCUCUGAAGGGCACCCCAGUUUUCAUGGCGCCCGAGAUGGUGCUGGGCAAGGGGAAUAGCACCGUGGCAGAUUUAUGGAGCCUGGGCAUCUGCCUUUACGAGUUUGUCAUUGGUCAGUUCCCGUUUGCCAGCAACUGCAACAACCGUGGCCAGAUUUUUCACCAAAUAUUGCGGGCACCAUUGCGAUUUCCAGAAUGGUUCUACAAGCAACCGAUGGCAGAGGAGACCAUGGGCCUGCUUCGCGGCCUCUUGUCCCGAGACCCGAAAAGACGUCCGGGUGCAGGACACGAAGGCUACGCGAAGAUGAAGGCGCAUCCUUUCUUCAAAGCCCUGUGCUGGGAAAAGCUCCUGUGUCGUGAGUACGAGCCCCCUUAUGUCCCGACAAUGGAGAUUUAUGCCGAGGACAAACACCAGCCUGUCUCACAGUCGGUCGGGGAGAGCCUGCCCACAAUGGAAGAAGAGGAGGCGCAUACUUUUCUUGUGCAGUGCGUUGAUGACAACUUUCUUGCCAAUAGUUCCUGUGACUUACAAGGGCGAAGACUGACAAAGGCAUGGUAG